UGGUGUAAAGCAUUAGGUCUCACUUGCAUCAGGCUACUCAGUGAUGCAGGCUUUUGAGCCCACAGUUAUUAUGGAGCAUGAGGCCGUCAUAGGUGGAUUCAAAUGCUUUUACGUACUAGUAAAGAAUGAGAUGGCUCACCACACCAACUACCCUAAGCUGUUAAGUUUAGCUCAGCUUUUGGGUUGUGAUUACUUUGAAAAGCUGAAGGUGGAUCAAAGAAACAAUUACCAAUCACACAGAAUAGUGGAUGAAAUGCUGGAGAUCCUUGCACAGAUAGUAGAGUUGCCUAUUUUGCAAGAGAUAAGGUCAUCUCAAGCAAUCAGCCUAGAGGUUGAUGAAACGACAGAUGUAUCUGUAAGCCGCCAGCUGGAUUUACAUGUUAGACACCUGGAUAAAGAGGGUUGUGUUUUCAACCACUUCCUUGACCUGGUAACUCUGGAAGAUGGGAAAGCUGACAGCGUGGUUGCUGCCAUCAAGAGUGUACUACAGAAGAAGGAGCUCCGGGUAGACAGGCUCUACGGACUCGGGACAGACGGUGCAGCGGUGAUGACGGGCCGUCUGAAUGGAGUGGCAAAGCAGCUCACAGACAGUUUUCCAAAGCUGGUUUCUGUAGCGUGUGCUGCUCACAGACUAGCACUGGCAUGCAAAGAUGCCUCAAAUGCUGUCAGGUAUAUGGCAAACUUCAGGAACCACCUGCAGGAACUGCACCUAUUCUUCAGAAAUAGUGCAAAUAGGUCAGCCACACUGAGAUCUGCCACUACCACUCUUGGUCUGAACAACUUGAAAGUUAAGGAGGUGAAAGAUACAAGGUGGCUAUCGCAGGACCUAGCCGUUCAAAACCUCCAGAGGAACCUUCCAGCUGUGCUGGCUGCUCUGGCAGAAGAAGCGAGCAGAAGGAAGUGCGCAGUGGCCAAAGGUCUAUACACCUUCUGUGCCACAUACCGCUUUGUGGCUGCCCUCUACCUUCAGGCAGAUGUGCUGCCCCACAUAGCAAUGGUGUCCAAGGUGUUUCAGAGAGCUGAUGUGAACUUUCUUCACAUAAAGGAGCAGGUGCCAGUCACACUUGUUACUCUGGGGAGAAUUCUGGAGGCAGGUGAGACCCCACUCCCCGGAACGUUCCUUGCUCGCCUACACCAAGACCUGGACAACCCAGGUGGACUUGGGGCCUUUAGCAUUGCCGGAGAGGAGGAGAGGAUCAGGAGGGGACACGGAAUUCUGGAGCGCCCCCGGGAAGAGAUGUGGGCCAGAUUUGUCACAGAUGUCCUCAAACCUUACAUCUGCAGCCUGGAGAGGAACAUUAAGAGGAGGUUCCAGCAUAUUGAAUUGCUGGGGGCCUUCAGUGUCCUGGGUCCAAAGGCAGUUACCUCAAAUGAUGUGACCAACAUUUCAAUGUUGCAGACCCUUACCAACAAAUUCAUCCCAGGGCAGGAUGCCACAGUUAUUCAAGAGUGGACCUCGUACAAGCAGCAUGUUCUCGUAGGAGCAUUUAAGGACAAGACACAAGCUGAGAUCAUGCACCUCCUGGCCAGUGAGAAGGACGAAUGGGCAGAAAUAUACCCAAACCUCUGCCUUCUAUCUUCAGUGGGGCUGGUCAUCCCCGUCUCCAGUGUAAACUGCGAGAGGGAUUUCUCAACGAUGAACAGGGUGAAAACUGACCUGAGAAACCGACUGAAAGGGAAGCACCUGGCUGCAUGUCUGCGGAUAGCAGUUAAUGGACCAGCACCAGAGGCGUUCCCAUACACUCAGGCGUUGGAGCUGUUCUUCAUGAAACCCAGAAGGAUGAAGUGCUCUGACAAACAGUGCCAUCUUUGUGCAAAAUGA